GGGAGGCUUAGCCAGUAUCUAGCUCAGUUGACAGGGUUAGGCCCCCGUUGGCAGGACUCUGCUCCUUAUGGCUAGUGCCUAGCCAGUCCCUCUGUCUAGCUGCUGCCUUAACGACACGUUUGUUCAAUCAAGGUCUGUGCCCCUCGCUGCUGCCAUGGACACCGCUUGGACUCUCUAGAAGGCCCCACUGCCCGCCCGAGGUCCACUGUGCAGUUAAUGCGGAAGGUUAAGAAACUACGCCUGGAUAAGGAAAACCGAGGAAGUUGCAGAAGCCUCUCUCUGGGUCCAGCUUGGUCUCUGGCUUAGCAGAGAGGCCAACCACGCAGCCAGGCAGUAGCACCCGGCCUCAGCCCGGCCAGAGCUCACGCUGGAAGGUUCUAGACGCAUCCGGAAGCUUGCUGGAGGUUCCUCCGAUGUCUCAGUUCACGUCCCGCCUCCUGGACCGUGUUUCUGCGGCCUGGGCUCUCUGCGGGGAAUCGAGCUUAUCGCACUCCCAGGGCCCUGAGAGGAUGUCCAGUGGGGUCCCGCUGACUGAGCGGCCUGGGGCAGGUGACAUGGAUGACUCGGCCGCACGCUUCCGUGUGCAGAAGCACUCAUGGGACGGGCUUCGCAGCAUCAUCCACGGUAGCCGCAAGUCCUCGGGCCUCAUCGUCAGUAAGGCUCCCCAUGACUUCCGCUUUGUGCAGAAGACGGACGAGGCUGGCCCCCACUCCCAUCGCCUUUACUACCUAGGAAUGCCAUAUGGUAGUCGGGAGAACUCCUUGCUCUACUCUGAGAUCCCCAAGAAGGUGCGCAAGGAGGCGCUGCUGCUGCUGUCCUGGAAGCAGAUGCUCGACCACUUCCAGGCCACUCCCCACCACGGUGUCUACUCACGGGAGGAGGAGCUGCUCCGGGAGCGCAAGCGCCUGGGAGUGUUCGGCAUCACUUCCUAUGACUUCCACAGCGAGAGUGGCCUCUUCCUCUUCCAGGCCAGCAACAGCCUCUUCCACUGCUGGGAUGGUGGCAAGAAUGGCUUCAUGGUUUCCCCCAUGAAGCCACUGGAGAUCAAGACUCAGUGUUCAGGACCCCGCAUGGACCCUAAGAUCUGCCCAGCUGACCCCGCUUUCUUCUCCUUCAUCAACAACAAUGACCUGUGGGUGGCCAACAUCGAGACAGGCGAGGAGCGGCGGAUGACCUUCUGCCACCGGGGUUCAGCUAAUGUCCUGGAUGACCCCAAGUCUGCAGGUGUGGCCACCUUUGUCAUCCAGGAGGAGUUUGACCGCUUCACUGGUUGCUGGUGGUGCCCCACUGCCUCCUGGGAAGGUCCUGAUGGCCUCAAGACUCUGCGCAUUCUGUAUGAGGAGGUGGAUGAGUCUGAGGUGGAGGUCAUUCAUGUCCCAUCACCCGCCCUGGAGGAAAGGAAGACGGAUUCCUACCGCUAUCCCAGAACAGGCAGCAAGAAUCCCAAGAUCGCCUUGAAGCUGGCAGAGUUCCAGACGGACAGUCAGGGCAAGAUCGUCUCGAGCUGCGAGAAGGAGCUGGUGCAGCCCUUCGGUUCCCUCUUCCCCAAGGUGGAGUACAUCGCCCGGGCCGGGUGGACGCGGGACGGCAAAUUUGCCUGGGCCAUGUUUCUGGAUCGGCCCCAGCAGCGGCUACAGCUUGUGCUCCUGCCCCCCGCCCUCUUCAUCCCUGCCCCUGAGAGUGAGGCGCAGAGACUGGCCUACGCCAGGGCUGUCCCCAAGAACGUCCAGCCACACGUGAUCUACGAGGAAGUCACCAACGUCUGGAUCAAUGUCCACGACAUCUUCCACCCGUUCCCCCAGGUGGAGGGCCAGCAGGAAUUCUGCUUCCUCCGCGCCAAUGAGUGUAAGACAGGCUUCUGCCACCUGUACAAAGUUACUGUCACUCUCAAAGCCAACAGCUACGAUUGGACUGAGCCCCUCAGCCCAGCAGAAGAUGAGUUUAAAUGUCCCAUCAAGGAAGAGAUUGCUCUGACCAGUGGUGAAUGGGAGGUUUUGGCGAGGCAUGGCUCCAAGAUCUGGGUCAAUGAGGAGACUAAGCUGGUAUAUUUCCAAGGCACCAAGGACACCCCGCUGGAGCACCACCUCUAUGUGGUCAGCUACGAGUCAGCUGGUGAGAUCGUGCGCCUCACCACGCCCGGCUUCUCCCACAGUUGUUCUAUGAGCCAGAAUUUCGACAUGUUCAUCAGCCACUACAGCAGCGUGAGCACGCCACCCUGCGUGCACGUGUACAAGUUGAGCGGCCCUGACGACGACCCCCUGCACAAGCAGCCCCGCUUCUGGGCCAGCAUGAUGGAGGCGGCUAACUGCCCCCCAGAUUAUGUGCCUCCAGAAAUUUUCCAUUUCCACACGCGGUCUGAUGUGCGCCUGUACGGCAUGAUCUACAAGCCACAUGCCUUGCAGCCGGGCAAGAAGCACCCCACCGUGCUCUUCGUGUACGGGGGCCCCCAGGUGCAGCUUGUGAAUAACUCCUUUAAAGGCAUCAAGUACCUGCGGCUGAACACGCUGGCAUCCCUGGGCUAUGCAGUGGUAGUGAUUGAUGGCCGGGGCUCAUGCCAGAGGGGCCUUCGAUUUGAAGGGGCCCUGAAAAACCAAAUGGGCCAGGUGGAGAUUGAAGAUCAGGUGGAAGGCUUGCAGUUUGUGGCAGAGAAGUACGGUUUCAUUGAUCUGAGCCGCGUCGCCAUCCAUGGCUGGUCCUACGGCGGCUUCCUCUCGCUCAUGGGGCUUAUCCACAAGCCCCAGGUGUUCAAGGUGGCCAUUGCAGGUGCCCCAGUCACCGUCUGGAUGGCCUACGACACGGGGUACACAGAGCGCUACAUGGACGUCCCUGAGAACAACCAGCAGGGCUAUGAGGCGGGCUCUGUGGCCCUGCACGUAGAGAAGCUGCCCAACGAGCCCAACCGGCUGCUCAUCCUCCAUGGAUUUCUGGAUGAGAAUGUGCACUUUUUCCACACCAACUUCCUCGUCUCCCAACUGAUCCGAGCUGGAAAGCCUUACCAGCUGCAGAUCUAUCCCAACGAGAGACACAGCAUCCGCUGCCCUGAGUCGGGUGAGCACUAUGAGGUCACUCUCCUGCACUUUCUUCAAGAACACCUCUGACCACCGCGGGGCCCCGGUCCUCCAUCAGAGCACAACUGGCCACCAGGGGACCAGGCGGGAGGGACCAACUGGCCCUGCCGGACAACCCUGCGGCCUACCAGCUGCCGCCUUCGCCGCCCUGACGCCUUUCAUUUUUUAAUUUUAUUUUAUUAUUUUUGAUGCUUCUGAUGUUUUUGCUUGCUGCUGCUUGGUGCCAGGACAGAGGGUGGCGGGUCCCCAUGGGCACCAACUCCUGCCAGCCCCUCACAGCCCCUGACCGACAAGAGGAGGCCACCCUGGGCAGCUGCGUGCGUCAGCCAGAGAUGAGGAGGACCUGGGCGCUGGAAAGCACCCGCCAUGUAUGGCUCACUAUGGCCUUGGGGUCCUCGGUGCAGGAGCAUGUGCUGCCUGUCCCCUGCCACCCCCUCAUCAUAGUCGUAUUGUGUUUGGGGAGCAUUUUAAAUAAUUAUUUCAAAAAUGGAAA